GCUCCUAAAUGGUUAAACAGACCAUACAAAUAUAUCUUCGCUUCCGACCACCAGAACACAAAAGGUCUAUCGCAGUAAGUGACCUUAAUUUGGACGUAGUCGCGUGCAGCGGUAUGAUAUCGACGAUGUCGGUGGAGGCAAACCACGCGUUACACUUGACCUGGUGAGAAAUGGCAAGAACCUCCCUCUGGAAACCCGAAAAGAAUCAUACCGGUUUCAUUUCGAUGCCAUCUUUGAUACAAUUUCGGGUCAAAAUGAAGUAUUCGACGUUGUCUCCAAACCAGUUAUUGAUCGGGUUCUACAGGGUUACAAUGGUACGGUGUUCGCUUAUGGGCAAACUGGUAGCGGUAAAACCUUCACCAUCACUGGCGGAUCGGAAAAGUACACUGACCGCGGAAUCAUACCCAGAGCAAUCGAGUACAUAUUCAAGCAUUUCGAGAACCUUGUGGAUACAGAUUUUACCAUGAAGAUUUCUUAUCUGGAAAUUUACAACGACAAUGGUUACGACUUAUUGGAUGCAAGAUGUGAGACUAAAAAUAGACUGGAGGAGUUACCACGCAUCUCAGUGUUCGAGGAUACGGAGGCCGGUACUAUUCAUCUGAAAAACUUGUCUCUGCACCUUGCUGCCAAUAUAGAUGAAGCGUUGAACCUGCUUUUUCUUGGAGACACCAACCGUGUGAUCGCUGAGACGCCCAUGAAUGAAGCAUCUACCAGGUCGCACUGUAUUUUCACUAUACACCUCACAGUGCGUACAACAGGGUCAUCAAAAUUAAGACGAUCUAAGCUACAUCUCGUGGACUUGGCGGGUUCAGAACGAGUCUACAAGUCCGGAAUCGAUGGAACCAUCUUGGCGGAAGCAAAGUACAUCAAUCUUUCGCUGCAUUACUUAGAACAGGUGAUCGUGGCUUUGUCGGAAAAACAGCGAUCACAUGUUCCGUAUCGCAACAGCAUGAUGACAUUAGUGCUACGCGACAGCCUGGGUGGAAACUGUAUGACUUCGAUGAUAGCCACCUGUAGUGUGGAACAACGUAACUUGCAGGAAACUAUUUCAACCUGCCGUUUUGCUCAACGAGUGGCUCUAAUCAAGAACGACGUAGUCUUGAACGAGGAACAUGACCCACAACUAAUUAUCAAUCGUCUGAAACAGGAAGUGAACCGGUUGAAAGCAGAGCUUGCCCUUGCUACCGGUGUGGAAAGAGAAGACGAAUUGACUGAGGAAGAGAAAGAAAGCUGUGAACUGAUCGUAAGACGUUUUAUUUCUUCCGAUCAAUCUGAUGGAUCAGAGAAAAAUAUUCCCCUCCAAGUGCUCUCUGACAUGCGGAAAAUUCAGUUCUGUUUCUCUGUGUUACAAAAAAUGCACAGAGAAGAAAUAGAGGAAUUAAAAGCCUCAGCAAUGAAGGCGGCUCCAAUAGCCGUGCUUCCACCUCUUCCUAUAUCGACCAAGGAGGCAGAUGAAUUGCGGGAAGUGCUCAAACAGCGAGAUCACGAAAUACAUGUUUUGGUGGAUCUACUCAAAAAGGAAAAAGCAAAGCAUGGUGCCCCGGCAAAUUGUCCGGAUGAAAACAGCCUACACAAGACAAAUAAUCAUGUUCACGCAGAUCACAAUGGAGAAAUCGAUGGGAGGAAUAACUUGUUAGCGCUACAAACCAAACAGGCAGCCGAUCGGGUAACGGAAUGGCUGGAAGAAGAAGCGAAAGAACGUCUGUUGGGUUCGCUUUCCGUUGGACGUGCAGAAGCUUUUGAACAUUUCAAAAAAGAAUAUCGUUUUCGGGAGCGUAUUGAUGAACAAAAGGAAGAACUACGAACGUUGUAUGCUGAUGCAAAGUUGUGGGGCAAGAGGAUGCUACAAGCUCGAGAGGAAGCGAAUCGUCUGGCGUCAAGGUUGAAUACUCUCAUCCAACAUGGUCGGGAAGUGGAAAGCAUGGAUGUGACCCCAGAUGACAAGGAAUCGGAAGAAGUACGUCGAGCUCUGGAGUCAAAGCGAAGCGAAUAUAGCGCAGCUUACCUCACCUUGAAGGAGCUAAGGCCGAGAAUAGAACAUCUACAACACGUGUUGGAGAAUGCCAAAGUAAAACUAGUGAAGGCUUUCGAUGAGUGGUGGGAACGUCGAUGUAGGGAUCACACAAAGUCUCAAGCUCCCAGCACCACCAACACAAGCUCGAUCACGUCGCCCGUCAGAGAUGCAAUUGCUCGAGAGGAUGAACAGCAAACUCACUCGACUCAACAAGAGGAAGAAGUGGAAGGCAAACCAAUCAGUGGAGAAGAGACUACCUUCAUGUAUAGCAAUACAAAUCCUGGUGUUGGUCAGCCAUCGCGAUUCACCUAUGGAGAACGCAUCCCUCUCACAGGAGAUCCGAUUGUUGAUGCGGAUAUCAUCACUUUUGUAAGAGCAAGAGAGAAAAUUCGACGACAGCAAAUGGAACUGUGGGAAAAGUCUAAACAAACAGUUCAACAUUAA